UCACGUGACUGCAGAAGUGCGCAGUAACCCUCUGCGCAGAUGCAGAACGACUUCUCUGAUCAGCUGACUGUGAGCGUGAUGCUCAAUUGAAGGACUUCUGUAUGUAAACCCUGUUAUUAAUGUUCCACGUUAUGUAAGCUUCAUUUCUCUUCCUGUUUUACGCAUUUUAAAUUAGGCCCUGAAAGAUUUCCGCACGUUGUUUAAAUUUUUCUCCCACUCUCCAGUUCCACUGACUUCACUCAUCAUUUGGGUGAACGGAGUUUCUGCCAGCAGCCAUGACAGAAUUCUGGUUGAUUUCUGCUCCGGGGGAGAAGACAUGCCAGCAGACAUGGGACAAACUGAUGGUGGCCACAACACGAACCAACAACUUGUCCACGAACCACAAGCUAAACAUCCCAGACCUUAAGGUUGGAACUUUAGAUGUGUUGGUGGGUCUGUCAGAUGAGCUCGCAAAACUGGACACUUUUGUUGAAAGUGUUGUGAAGAAGGUAGCUCAGUAUAUGGCGGAUGUCCUCGAGGACAGUCGUGACAAAGUGCAGGAGAACCUACUGGCUAAUGGAGUUGACUUGGUCACAUACAUCACCAGAUUCCAGUGGGACAUGGCAAAGUACCCAAUCAAACAAUCACUGAAAAAUAUCUCUGAGAUCAUCUCCAAGCAAGUGACUCAGAUUGACACGGAUCUGAAGGCCAGGGCUUCUGCUUACAACAACCUUAAAGGAAACCUGCAGAAUCUGGAGAGAAAGAAUGCUGGGAGUUUGUUGACCAGGAGCCUUGCUGACAUAGUAAAAAAAGAGGAUUUUGUUCUUGACUCCGAGUAUCUGAUCACCAUGCUGGUCGUGGUGCCAAAAACAAGCUACAAUGACUGGAACAAGACGUACGAAACUCUCGCAGAAAUGGUUGUGCCUCGUUCCACCAAGAUGAUAAUUGAAGACAACGACAGUGGUCUUUUCAACGUCACUCUCUUCAGGAAGGCAGUGGACGACUUUAAACACAAGGCCCGAGAAAACAAGUUUACAGUGCGCGAGUUUCAGUACAACGAAGAGGAGAUGAAAGCAGACAAGGAGGAGAUGACACGUCUGUCUACAGACAAGAAGAAACAGUUUGGACCCUUAGUGCGAUGGCUGAAGGUGAAUUUCAGUGAGGCCUUCAUCGCUUGGAUUCACAUCAAAGCCCUGCGUGUUUUUGUCGAGUCGGUUUUAAGAUAUGGACUCCCAGUCAACUUCCAGGCCAUGCUGCUUCAGCCCAACAAGAAGAACAUGAAGAGACUCCGAGAGGUGCUGUACGACCUGUACAAACACUUGGACAGCAGCGCCGCCAUCAUUGAUGCUUCCAUGGACAUUCCAGGCUUGAACCUGAGCCAGCAGGAGUACUACCCCUACGUUUACUACAAAAUCGACUGCAACUUGCUGGACUUCAAAGUCUAAAUUCACUGCCAUGCUCGUUGCGUUCAGUGGUGUUCUUGUAUGAGAUGUUUACAUGUGCGAGCUUUAAUUUAUUCCUUUUGCGGCCUUGUUUGUCGUCUUGUUUCACCUACAGGGUUUUCAUGCCCUUUUAUUCCUGUCUGAUGCAUCUUCUAAUACAUUUCAGAGGUCACUCUCCUUACUUUGUCCUGCUGAAACCAAACUAAGUGAGCAGCUUUUCAUUUUUUCCCUCCCUAAUGGAUUCUAUUUUCCACUCUUCCACACUUGCUCCAAUGUUGGACUAUGAAAAACAAAGCGGUUCCUUGUGGGAAAAGAAACUAAAUGUGCUGAAUCCUUUACAUACUUUGCCCAGUGGACAUACUAAAGGUGACGUGUCUCAAAUUCCAAGUAAGGAAUGUUUGUUUACAAGUAAACAUAAAUGUUGACCAUUGCUCCGCCUCUCAAGCUGUCGUCUUGUGAAACACUGAAAGUGGUCAUUUUACAACAAAGCAAUAUGUGAUGACUGGAUGCUCUAAAGAUGUAUGAUUAUGUGUAAAAUAUACAUAUAUAUAUAUAUAUUUCAGCAGGUUGAGAAACAUAGAGGUUAAGUGCAAAUAAUGUACUGUUGAAAAUUAAAACGCUUAUUUAAAAUAGAUGUUAAAAUAAAUGCUCCAUGUUCAAAACAA